UAGAUACAUUUUGUUUAUACUUUUCGAGCAUAAGGACGAAAUGAUUGAGGCCCGCACGAUGCAGGACGUGUCGAAAUUCGAAUCCAACCAGAUUAUCUCGUCGAAGGUACUCCGCGGCGAGUACCGGCUGCUCCGGCGCAAGCAGCGCGGCUCCGUGUGGAAGGUCUACCGGGAAAUCGUGCGCAGUGAUGGUGCCAUAAUCAAUGGACUCUACUUCUGCACGGGCUGCAAGCGCGUCAUGCGAUCCUUCAACACGUCCAAUCUGCGCACCCACAAGUGCCAUUUGGACUACUUGCGCUCCGAGGACUCGUGCGAGGAGGCAGUGACGGAAAUCCAUUCACCUAUCAUAGACGAGUCUUUGGAGCGCCGCCUGAGCUGGAACUCCUUCCAGCCGUCGGAGUGGUCCUUCCACGCAGUCGAACUGCUCCUGGAGCUCUGGGCACAACACUGCGUCGAUUUGCGGGACACACGUAAGCGGGUCAAGGUUAUCUGGAAAAUGACCGGCGAGAUGAAGGCGCUGGGAUUCACGUUCACGGAAAUCAAGAACAAGAUUGAUGACAUGGGUCAACAGUAUCGACGAGAAUCGCAUAUGGAAAAAACGACUGGAAACAAAUCCGAGUGGGAAUACUACGAGACCCUAAAGAUGAUAUUUAAUUCUGAUCGCAACAUAAUUGAGAGUAUGCCCUUGGAAAACUCUGGAAAUGUACCUAGCAGGACCAGCGAACAGAAUUCAUUUGGCAGUCAACUUGACGAACAAUUGGUGGAUACAAAUUACUUAAAGCCGCGUCAAGUACAUCCCAGGGAAAGGGAUGACUUCGAUACAAACGAAUCUGCGGAAGAAUCGCAAGAAGACGUGGAUGAACUGCGAAUUCUGAAGGAUAACAUUAUUAAGGAAAUAGAGGAGUCAUCAACUGUGCAUUCACAAGAGAACUAUGAAGACGAGCUCGAUCAACAGAACUCCAAAACCGAGGAAAUGAGAAGAGCUAAACGCCAAAGAGCAGCUAGAAUGAUGGAAAUAGAGGAGGAAAAGCUGGUCAUUGAAAAGAAAAAAUGCAAACUGAUGAAAUUUUUUGUGCGAGAGAUGUCGUCGUUUCAUAAAGACUUUAUGGAUCUUCUAAGUAAUCCCAAAAAAGGAUCACAUUCAUAAAUACCUGUUCGCAAGUUGAGUGAUUGCCCAAUAAACUUCUUACCUUCAUAAAAUAUGUAGAAAUCAUUAUGAUUUUGCAUUGAAAAAGGGCUUUUAAGUGUUUAGUUUUCAAUUUUCGACGUAAUGUUGAAAAGCAUCACAUUCGACGAAUUUUUUUUAAGAAUUUAAGUAACAAAAAGUUUAAAUAGUUCUCAUUUCGGCAGUCACUCAAUUUAUAAAUUCAAGGCUACGAGAAUAAAGCACAUAUGAUUAAGAAAAAAAA